GCCAGUCCUCCUCAGGUACCCGCGGAUGCGGCUGUAGGGUAUGUACCACUGCGCGAAUACACCAUGUUGCAAGCCCAUUGGCCGAGACUGUACGCGCGCUCCGAUAGGUCGAACACGGAUUAUUUUCGCGCGCACCUGCGUACAUCGUCUUGGCGGUUUCGAUUUGACUUCUGUGGCCGUUACGGGGUGUUAUGGCGGCUAUGGGGGCGUACCCGUACUCCGUGAGAACGUCCAGAGUGACCAGGGAUUACGGGAGAUACAAGUCGACCUUGACUGUCGAAGUAAAAGCGGCGCCGACUCCGAAGAAGUCUCAAGAAAAGGUUUGAGUCUCCGUUCUCGUGGGAAUUGGUCUUGGGACAAAAGGAAGUGGACUGAAGUGAUGCGCACGAAAGGAGCACAAGGCAACACCCAAGGAUUCUCAAUGUCGACCAGAAUCUAUUUAAGUGAUUCCUUACUUGCUCGGUUUAUUAUUGAUGUCUGGCUGUCACGCUACCAUGUUGACCAUGCCACUUGUGUGAGGAGCCGUGAGGCGCAAUGGCAACACCGGAAGAUGAUCCACCAAGACGAAUCAAUUAUAUCAAAUGCAGAGCCAGCGGUUGCAAGAAUUCACGCCUGAACUGCAACCUUUCAUUUUUUGGAUUCCCAGGAGACGAGAGGAAGUCUGCGUGGAUCGAGUACGCUGGUCAACCAGAAUAUGCCACUCUUCCACCUGAUCAGCUAAAACAUCAGAAGCUGUGCGAGGCGCAUUUCACAUCCGACGCGUUCACAAACAGGCAGAAGACACGUCUGAAAAGAACGGCUGUCCCCACUGUGCCUCUCCAGUCAGUGCAGCGUUGUCCUGCUACGAUAGCUGGCCGAAUAGAACAUGCUGAAGUGUCUGCACCUCACUCACCAACUCCUUCGACAUCCUACCACCAGUCACAUGAGCCAGGGCAAGCCAGCGGCCACACAGAAACCACUGUUUGGUCUGCACCUGAUUCUCCAAUUCCUUCGACAUCCUACCACCAGUCACAUGAGCCAGGGGAAGCCAGCGGCCACACAGAAACCACUGUUUGGUCUGCACCUGAUUCUCCAAUUCCUUCGACAUCCUACCACCAGUCACAUGAGCCAGGGGAAGCCAGCGGCCAAACAGAGACCACUGUUGAGACGGUGCCGCAUUUUUUAGCUCCCAUGACGUCCCCUCCCCAGUUGAAUGUCCCACGGGAAGCCAGUGGUAUCAGUUCUGUGCUUGCUGCUACAAAAGGUAGUGUUGUACCCUCACCCACACCUGGCACAUCUUCAGGGACAUCCUCACCUUGCAGCGCUCCUCAAGAUCUCAGUCCAUUGGCUGAACCCCUUGAAAGUGACACAGUAGACGCCAGACCCAGAGAUUCUGGUAGACGCCAGACCCAUGCCUCUGGAUCUGGUACUAUCCACAGGCGGGGACGUCCCCGAAAACAAAGAACGCCUCGAACUGCCUCCCUCAUUCACCAGCUUCAAGUAUCAAGGGAGCGCCUACGACGUGCAUUGUUUCGAAGCCGUGCAACCUUGCAUUUUGGGGGCCUCACAAGAAGCCAGAUAGUGUUUGCAGCGUCACGGUAUUUGUCAAAACGUGCUCUUAGUCUAUUCCGUGUUCAACUCUUUCUGCAGCCGUUGAACAAGUUUGGUAGGAGGUGGCCCCCCCAGUUUAGGAGCUUUGCUCUUAACUUGCAUUUCAAGGGUCCUCAAGCUUAUCGCUACUUAAGUAAAGUGCUGGCAUUGCCAUCUGAGAGUUCUCUGAGGAGUUGGCUAAAGGACAUCGCUGUGGAGCCGGGAGUCAUGCCUUCGGUCCUUCAAGGACUUAAGACAAGACUCCAAGGACUGCCACCAAAAGAUCGUACAUGCACAAUGAUUUUUGAUGAAAUGUCCAUAAAGGAACAUCUGCAGUACGAUUCUGGAUCAGACGUAGUUUAUGGCUUUGUGGACACAGGAAAGGAAAGGAACUCUGAGAUGGCAAAAUCAGCACUUCUUGUAGUGCUCUCAGGAAUAACAAAAGCAUGGGUACAGCCCUUGUCAUAUAUUUUUUCAAGAUCUACCGUGUCAGCAGAUAUUCUAAAUGAUUUGCUUCAAGACUUGAUUAGACAGCUUCAUUCAUUGGGUGUUUUUGUGAAAGCGGUUGUCUGUGAUCAGGGUGCCAGCAAUUGUGCAUUGUGUAGAAAACUUGGAAUCUCCCCGUCAAAACCAUAUCUUUGUGUUGAUGAGUCAAAAGUCUACUUUAUUUUUGACCCACCACAUUUGAUGAAGACUACACGGAACAUGUUGUUGAAGCAUGACCUGCAGAUUGGAGAUGCCCAACACAAGGUUCAGUGGGCCUUCAUUAAAGAGUUCUAUGAAUCAGACUUCCCCCUAAAGGUACGACUGGCACCCAAGUUGACAGACGACCACAUUCACCCGACGGUAUUCAGUCGUAUGAAGGUCAAAUUUGCAACACAAGUAAUGAGCAAUAGUCUUUCCACUGGGAUCGCUGUCCUUAUUAGCACUGGGUACAUGCAUCCAGCAGCCACUGCGACUUCAGAUUUCCUCCUUAGGAUGGAUGUACUGUUUGAUUGCUUAAACAGUUCAUCCAUUCAGCAGGGUGAUGACAAAAAAAUGAGAUUUGCAAUCAGUGAUUCCACCAAACAUAAGGAGUUACUAGAGUCUGCAGUACAGUGGAUUGCACAGUGGAAAUUCGACAGUGAUAGGCAACCUCCUACUGUUAGGGGGUGGCAAAUCACAAUUUGUGCAAUACUCGCGUUGUGGGAGGACCUUCACCAAAAUUUUGGUUUCGAACAUCUGCUGACACGGCGGCUCAACCAGGACCCAGUGGAAAACAUGUUUGGUCAAUUCCGGCAAAUGCACGGGUGUAAUGAGACACCAAACGCGUUUCAGUUCGUAGCAGGCCUCAAGCAUACCCUUGCGGGGAACCUCAUGAAGCUUCCAAGCAAAGGCAAUUGUGAGGCUGAUACGACUGAACUUUUAAACGAUCUGUUGCACAUGCCGGUUUCCUCAACUGCAAGCAGUUCUUAUGAGCCUGCCGACUCCCAAGGGUUGCCUGCAGUUGAGGAAAUGCAGGCUGAACAUGAUAUGCGUGAUGUGCAAGAGCCCGAUAAUAUUAUUGAGGCUAAUGCACAGUACGCAUACGCAGGGUCCUUGGUUCACUCUUUCUUGAAAAAAUCUGAAUGUCCCAACUGCCCAAACUUGUUGAAGGCUGCAGAUGAGGGGCUCCUAAGACCAGAAGGCUUGUACAGUUACUUGCAAAGUGAAUCACAAAUGUCUGGCAGUACAUUUUGCAUCCCAUCGGAUGCCUUUUUUGCAUGCUUUUGCAAGUUAGAAAGCAUAUUCUUACGAGAGGUUGCAAAAGUCCUACACAGAAAAGGAGUAAAGCAGCGCCUCAUAAGUGCCUUCACUCAGAGCAGUCAUGAGCCUUUCUGCUGUGCAGCAUGUCAAGCCCAUUUCAUAUCUUUUUUUGCCAUAAAGCGGAUGCAAUACCAUAUCAGACUUAAAAACAGAGAGGGUGCUGAGGCUGCUCACAGAAGGUCAGAGCAGAGAAAACGAAAAAAGCUGCCAACGUAAUUGCAAUUCCAUCAGUAGCUUCACAUGAAAAGUACAGCACACGAAAGAAAACAAAGCAUUUAUGAGUCCUACUGAACACUCUGUUGAUGACCCCAGGCUUGACAUACUGCAUGACAACUCUGAAGGUUAUUUUAGUUAUGCCAGACAUUUUCUACAACCAAAGCCUGUUAUAUGCAAAUGGGGUUCUGCCUUUCCUUUGAGACGCAUAGUGUUGGUGGAAAAAGUAUCAAAAUAUGUACCUGUGUUGUAUGAUCCUUUGGUACGUACUCUAGAGUGAAAUGUCACAUCUCAAAAACUACUUCAAAGCAAAAUAGUUCACUUUUACUUUACUUUGCAUAUUCUUAACACUGUGAUAAACAGGGAUCCAGUUUUCCACACUACAGAUAUUCAAGCUGCAUACGAAAAUAUGGAGAAAUUGUUUCCUUCCAAUGCAGAAAUGACAUUUGUCACAUGGUGACAUAGUUUGUAAUGUAUAAAAGGGAUAGGGCACAGACUAACUGGUGUCUCGGUUAUUUCUUCCUUGUAAUGCAUAGUUUGCACGAAAACUUUGCCAGUGCCUAUGGCCAGUCACAAUACUGUUUUACUUGUACCACCAGCACAUAUUAUUUUCCCCUUACAUUUUCAUAUUAGAUUGGCAGGUCCUUUCUCAGGUUAUUAUGGCUAAAGAAACCAAAGAUUAUAUCCAUCCCUGCUUUGUGUAACUUUAUGCAGUGAGAAGCUCUCAAAAAAAGGUUAGCGUUGGUACUAGCUAUAUUUUUAGCAGGAUAGAUCAGUGAAUGAAUCUUUACAUAAUCAGAGGAUGCGCCUUUUUGCUUUUGUGAUGCUAUUGCUAUGAUUAGCUACAACAAUGUGAGGACUGCAUUACGCAGCCGUCCUCAGCUCUCAUGCUGUAGGAAUUGGAAGUCAUUUGAAAGUGCGUAAACGACAUUUUGUGUCUCAUCAGCCAAGCAAAGUUUUUUGAGUCGCAGUACUUACUGAAAAACAUCCGCGUUCCACCACCACCACCAUUUUCCUGACCAACAAAGGCAUAGGAUCCUUUGCAGUACCUUUGCUUAUGAUAUUGUAUAUACACUGCGUCAUAGUCGUUAUUUUGACGUCAUAAUCCUGAAGAGAUUGUUUUAGAGUUUGAGGCUAUGACGAUAUAGCACACUGUUUUCACGUGUUUCACGACCAAUGUAAUGUUAUCCGUGCAUUGCGAUGCCUGUGUACAUAGCAUGUUCUCGUUCCCUCCUGUACAGAUGAAAGCUGUGUAACUUCCUGUUUCGUUCCUGUACAGAUGAAAGCUGUGUAACUUCCUGUUUCGUUCCUGUACAAAUGAAUCCUGUGAAAGCAUAUGUAAUCCUUUUAUGCAGAUAAUGCAUUGGUGUUGUUGCACUGUCGUUGUCGCGGAUAUGUUACGCCUACAAUGGAACUGCGCGAGCUACCUCAUCUACAUUCUCCUGUUCAUUCACACGCACAUGUCUCUCACACUGCCGACUGAUAUAUUCAAAUAAAUGUUUUAUUUCCACAAAACUUGCCUUGGCCACUU